UUUUGAUUGACUGGUCCUCCACCUCCGGGCUCUGAUUGCUCCCUCACUUUCGCGGACUUUGGGCACAAAUAGAAGUUGGUGGUUACGUGCUGCAGGUUGUAACCUGUCAACGAAUAGAUAAGAACUUCUUCACUGUAUUCUAGUCACAACGUGUAAGCAUGGCCCAGAUCAACGGUUGUAACAUUGACAAUGAUACAUGGGAGUCACACAACAGAAUGAUGCAGGAACCUCUCAGCACCAAUGAUCCAGAGGUGUUUGACAUCAUUAAGAAGGAGAAGAAGAGGCAAACGUAUGGUUUGGAGCUUAUUGCCUCUGAGAACUUCGCCAGUCGAGCUGUUUUGGAGGCUCUAGGCUCGUGCAUGAACAACAAAUAUUCUGAGGGAUACCCUGGCCAAAGAUACUAUGGUGGCACAGAACAUGUGGAUGAACUGGAGCGACUCUGUCAGCAAAGAGCUUUGAAGGUUUAUGGCCUUGACCCAGAAAAAUGGGGAGUAAAUGUGCAGCCUUAUUCUGGUUCACCUGCCAAUUUUGCUGUGUACACAGCCGUAGUGGAGCCUCAUGGGAGGAUAAUGGGUCUUGACCUGCCUGAUGGAGGCCAUCUGACCCAUGGCUUUAUGACUGACAAGAAGAAGAUCUCUGCCACAUCCAUUUUCUUUGAAUCUAUGCCAUACAAGGUCAACCAAGAGACUGGCUACAUUGAUUAUGACAGACUAGAGGAAAAUGCUCGUCUGUUCCAUCCAAAGCUAAUCAUUGCAGGUGUUAGCUGCUACUCCCGCAACCUGGAUUACAGUCAUAUGCGGAAGAUAGCAGAUGAGAAUGGGGCUUACCUCCUGGCUGACAUGGCGCACAUCAGUGGACUUGUUGCAGCUGGAGUGGUUCCGUCCCCCUUUGAGUACUGUGACAUUGUUUCCACCACUACCCAUAAGACCCUGAGGGGCUGCAGAGCAGGGCUCAUCUUUUACAGGAAAGGGGUGCGCAGUGUGGAUGCCAAGACAGGAAAGGAGACUCAUUACAACCUGGAGAGUUUGAUCAACCAGGCAGUGUUUCCUGGACUGCAGGGAGGACCUCACAACCAUGCCAUUGCAGGAGUGGCUGUAGCGUUGAAGCAGGCGUUGACACCAGAGUUCAAGGCCUAUCAGUUACAAGUGCUGGCAAACUGCAAGGCCUUGGCAGCUGCUCUGAUAGAAAAGGGCUACAAAAUUGUCACUGGUGGCUCUGAUAAUCAUCUGAUCUUGCUUGACCUACGUCCAAAUGGAACUGAUGGUGGGAGGGCAGAGAAGGUGCUGGAGGCCUGUGCCAUCGCCUGCAACAAGAACACCUGCCCAGGUGAUAAGAGUGCCUUGCGGCCCAGUGGUCUCCGUCUUGGCUCUCCAGCACUCACAUCGCGAGGCCUAGUGGAGAAAGAUUUCCGCACAGUUGCAGAAUUUAUUCACAGAUGUAUUCAGUUAACUUUGGAGAUCCAGAAGAACAUGAAUGCCAAAGCCACUCUGAAGGAGUUCAAGGAAACAUUGGCUCAGGAUGAGAAAUACCAAAACAGACUUAAAGAAAUCCGAGAGGAGGUUGAGGCUUUUGCUGCAAAAUUCCCCAUGCCUGGACUGCCAGAGCUAUGAGUCUGAUACUCUUGCUCUGUUCUUGUACCUAAGCUUUACUUUCUUUAAGUAAGUCUUUAAGCUUUACAGGCCGCUUGCCUGGUGAGUUCACAGAUUUUACUGUCAAGUCUGCAUUUCAUUCAUUUCAAAUUAUUUCUUGUAGAAAUGUGACAAUUUAUACAGUUAUUAUUUUGGACACAAUAGAGGUUUUGUGCUUUCCCUCAGGCUUCAUUAUUGCAAUCAGUUUUCUGGACACCUGUUUUGUCAAAUCUUUUUAUUCUGUGAACUCUACCAUGCAUGCGGAGAUAGUCACUCAGUGGGUUGAUAUGCCAUCUAACUCAGGCCAAAUUAAUUGAUGAUUAAUAAAGUCAAAUGUUGCAAGAAUGGUCCCAAGUGUGGAGGUCACAUUGUGACUUGAUACAUAAUAGCUCUACCAGAGUAGUAGCAUGUAUGUAUGUAUGUAUGUAUGUAUGUAUGUAUGUAUGUGUGUGUUAUAUCGCUGUUGUCGGAAGAAAACCUCCUAUCUCGAAAAUGGUAACUUUACAGGAGAAGGAAAAAACUUACUUUACUUUUAAAGUCAAUGGAACCAGACUUUUUUCCCCAAAUAAUUUUGGGUCGUUUCUUUUGGCCCAACCAUCAUGAAAUUUACAGAUGUAAUGUAAAGGCUAACAGCUAUUUUCAUUUUUUUCAGGGUUACAGGGAUACAAGGUUUUGUUCCAACAGUGGAGAUAUAAAAAAAAAUUACUUAUAGUUGUAAUAUUGAGCUAGGCUCUAAUUAGGGGUGGGUAAAGCAAAAGAAAUGGAGGAUACUCAAUGAUAUGCAUCACAAUUUUUGUUUUCCUGAGGUUUGUAAGUUGAAACAGACAAAAAAGAACGACUGGUGCCACAUUAAAA